CUCACACACUCUCACACACACACUCACACACACACACACUCACACUUGGAGGAAAAAGACGCACUAAGAUUCACUGGUUUUACGCACUGGUUUUACGCACUGGUUUGCCGGGGAUUCCUUCUGUGCUGGCUUUCUCUCUCUCUGCACACAUCCACAGCCUGGCUCUGUGCUGACACACUGUGAAGAAGAGGAAGAGGAAGAAGAAGAGAAGAAGCGGACCAUAAGGGGGCCAAACACUCUCCAGGUAUGGCGGCGGUGUUGCCGAGAACCCUGGGUGAGCUGCAGCUCUACCGGAUCCUGCAGCGAGCGAACCUGCUCUACUACUACGAGGCCUUCAUCCAGCAGGGCGGCGACGACGUGCAGCAGCUGUGCGAGGCCGGGGAGGAGGAGUUCCUGGAGAUCAUGGCCCUCGUCGGCAUGGCCAGCAAGCCGCUGCACGUGCGCCGCCUGCAGAAGGCGCUGCGGGACUGGGUCACCAACCCGGCCAUCUUCAACCAGCCGCUGACGUCGCUGCCCGUCUGCAGCAUCCCCGUCUACAAGCUGCCCGAGGGCUCGCCCACGCUGCUGGGCGGGCAGGACAGAGCCAACACCGCCAGCGUCAAGAUGCCCAAAGGCGUCGCCGCCGCCUGCUCCGACCCGGGGAAGCUGGACGUGGCGAGGGACAAAGUGUCCGCCGGGUCGCCCCUGCAGGGCGGCAGCGAGGCCCGGUUCUGGUCGGGUCACAGCAACGACAGCGAGCACAGCCUGUCGCCGUCAGACCUCGGCUCCCCGUCGCCCAGAGACACGUUAGAGGCUCUGGACGCCGCCGCCGUCCAGUCGGUCCUGGAGUGCGUGGACAGGAUGGCGCCGGGACUCCCUAAGACGGACUUAUCGGAGGUCAAAGAGCAGCUGAAGAACAACAAGAAACUGGCAAAGAUGAUCGGACACAUCUUUGAGAUGAGCGACGACGAGCCGCGGAGGGAAGAGGAGAUCCGUAAAUACAGCGCCAUCUACGGACGCUUCGACUCCAAGAGGAGGGACGGCAAACACCUGACGCUGCACGAGCUGACGGUGAACGAGGCGGCGGCCCAGCUCUGUAUGAGGGACAUGGCUCUGCUCACACGCAGAGACGAGCUCUUCGGACUCGCUCGCCAGAUCUCCAGAGAGGUCACCUACAAAUACACCUACCGCACCAGCAAAUCUCGCUGUGGAGACAGAGACGAGGCGUCCCCUAAAAGGAUUAAAACAGAGGAGAACUUCUUCGACAUCCAGGAGGCGCUGCAGGCGAUCCACAUGAGGCAGGAGAUGCUGAGGGAGCAGCUGGCCUGCGCCAAGUCGAAAGGAGAAGAAACGGUCGGACGGAAUCUGCAGAUUCAGCUGGAGCGUCUGCUGGCCCGGCAGAUGGAGAUCCUGCAGGACGCCGCGGUCCAGGAGCGUCUCCAGGCUCUGGACUGGAGGAUCCCCCCCGCUGCCUUAAAGUACCUCAACGACGCCCAGAACACCAACGGGGCCGCCGCCGACGCCAGCAGAGACCACCAAGAUGAGCGGCCGAUCAACCUGCGUGUGGUUAGUCAGAACAUGCAGGAAGGAGACCUCCCAUUGGGCAAACAGCUAGCCAAUGAGCUGAAGCGCCAUCACAACCACAACAACAACAACAACAACAGCAGCAGCACAGACGAGACCAAAACACCAGCAACAGAAAACGGGACGUCGCAUCGAUCAUCCAGCAACGCAGAGAAGAAGACCAUCAAAUCAGAGCCGGAAGACUCCACAUAGUGCCUCCCGCCUCACUCCACCCCGACUCCCCCCCGAGCACCCACCCCCAAAAACCAUUCUACUCACACUUGACAGUAUGCAGUUAUUACCCGUCAACAGAUACUAAGCAAGCACAGACACAGUAGAGCCUUAACAACCAAUGUUGCCUCAUGAAUAGCAUUUAUUUUUCUUUGAUUUUGUCUUUUUGUUCAAAAGGUAUUUGCCAAAGCACCUAGAGAGCAUGUUGAGGACCGCUCAGUGCUCUACAGGUCUUUGUCUGUUGAUUAACUGUACACGUUAGAUGUACAUGUACUAUAAGAGCGAUCUGUUUGUGUACUCUUUACCUCUACCUGGGUGUCAUUGUACUUGUUGCUUUCUUUGGACAGCCAGGUUGCAGGCUGUGUUGCCGGGGCUGAGUCUUUACUCAAACGUAGAUUCAGAGAUAAAAGCAGAAUUCGGCUGUGUUGCUGCACGUCUUCAGCGUCAUGGUAACACUUUAUAUGACUGCCACGUAGCCAAUGGCCUUCUUCACUCACUUGUACCUUCAAACUGAAGCUGCAGAUGCUGUAGCACCACCUGGUAGGAGUUUCAAAUUGACCAGUGAAGUAUCUCGUCAUUUUAAGGUUUCAUCGAGACCCAUCAUGAAGCCAAAACGUAUCUGUCCAGUAUUUUAGUUUAUGACCAAAUACCUGCAAAACUAAAGACAUCCCCAUUAGCAUCAAUGGUGCAAAUUGACAAUAGCUAGCAUGCUAAUAACUAAGUAGGGGAGUUUGGUAAACAUUACGUGGUAAAAAGUGCAGCCUCACAGAGGGGCUCGACUUGAAGUCAUUAUAGAUCCACAUUAAACUACGUACAAGCAUAUAUGAGAACGUCAUCAAAGCAAAAUAAUGAUGGUAGACAUUUAAAGCGUUACCUAACUUUGAGAUUUAUGGCUAAUUGUCUGUAAGCAUCCAGAAACUCACACUCUUAAAGAUCCGACCAGAGACAGCCAAAGACUUUUUGUCCCUGGUCGUCCUCUGAGCCUCCGUCGUUCUCCCAAACCUAAUUUAGGUUUCUCCAUUUGUUCUGUCACUCAAAGGACGUAAACGUACUGUAGGGAGAUGAGUGAGGACUCGGCCCCUUUAGCAGGUUAGAUUCUGUGUCGUUCACUUCAAAUGGGAGAACAGGAGAGGUGGAUUAAUCCUCUCCUUCCUCUCGUGUAUAUUUAUGGAAGGUAAUUUAAGAGAGGAUGUAUAGGAGCUGUUGUGGAGGAACAGCAGGAGGCCUCCGUCAUUCGUCUUGGUCGGAUGGCUGGGCUGAGCAUGCCGGAGGCUAAUUGGUUCAUUUCACUUUGUAAUUUAGCUAAACACUGCUGUUGAGGAGAAACCACGCAUCUGUAAACAGAGUAUUUCAGGAAUACUUGUGUUUUUUUUUUUAUUAAAAAUGAUCCAAUAACCUUUCAGCAGGGUUGUAAAAUACACUCAAUAUGUAAACUUUUAACAGAAUCAAGUAUAAAAGAUUGCAGAUGUGUGGUUUCUCAACAGCACUCCCUAAAAAAAAAAAGAAGCUAAAUUCCUGUUUCUUGGUGUUGUUGGCGGAGCAGCAGCCUGGUGUCUGUAAAUAUACCGUGAUAACAAACAGUGCUAAUCUCUCCACCAGGGUUCUCCUCUGUCAAAUGUAACUUUGCUGUAUUGGUGUCGAUAGUGUUUAUGUGUGUAGAGCAAAUACACAAAAAAAAGAAACUUAAGUGUCAUUGAGGAAAAAAAUACAACCGUGUGAAAGUGUGUGGUAUAUAAAAACCUGCUUUACAUGAUGAUGAUGUUGAUUAGCCUUAGCUCUUAACAGUGUUUAAUCCACCUGUGAUGGCCACCUGUGCAUAUUUCAAAGACGUGUUUUUGCUGUUUAGAGGUAGAUCCAUUAAUAAGUGUUCACUGUGUAAAUAUGUCUCCUCUUCCCCUCACUCCCUGCAGAUAGUUUAGUCUCACUCAGCGUAACGGCAGACCAAUGCAAUAUUUAUGUAAGUAAUAAGUCUAUUUGCAUUCUAUAUGGAUCCAUCAUUUUGUCAUGUGCGCAGUAACUGUACGUCUGUCUCAUGAAACGUUUGUGAUGUCUCACUUUUAGUGCGCACAAUGUUGUAUUUAAACACAUCGUGCUCUUUCCGUGAGGUUUUGUUUUUUGUUUCAAGAACCAAGUCGUGAUCUAGUUUGCUAAAAGCUAUAAGAACCAGCCAGUGGAUUCUGGGAGAUGAAGUGGUGGCGGUUUCUGGCUCAAACACUGGCCUAGUUAGCGUGACUGUCGUACGAUGUUUCAGAGAAUAGCGCAUGUCGUCUCACUGACCAGCGUUCUCCUCACUGUUUAUGUAAAGUGAUAGAUUAGGCUUCACCUAGUUAUGCACCUGUUUUUUAAACACUAAUAUAUUUUAUUUGUUAUACA